AUGCUCGCACGCAGUGCCAGGAGCACACAAGUCGCCCUUCGACGACACGCUCGUCUGGCCUCCUCGACACCACCACCCGCCCCGCAGCAACCGCCGCCAGCGGAACCGGUCCCGGGCCCGUCGACCGCACCUCCACGCGAAAAAGCAUGGCUCACCAGGAAAGUAGAGGCGUCGCCCGCACUCAAACGCGUAUUCCUGCGGGCUGCGAACAUGCUGGGAUACGGGAGUCCGAAGCAGGUCGCGGGGAGACGCGCGUUCGCGAUGUAUGAGCAGUUGUGCAUCGUCAGACCGGACGAGGACAGGGCGUUUUGGCAGGACGAGUGCGACCUACCGCCCACGUUCCAGUCCUGGUUCACCGUCGUCAACCUGCACGUCUGGCUGCUCACCGUCCGGCUGCGCGCGCUCCCCCCGCCGCACGGCAUGCACCACGUCCAGGCGCUGAUCGACCACUUCUUCCUCGACGUCGAGGACCGCGUCCGCGCGAUCCUCCAGCCCGCCUCCCCCGGCUCCGCCGCCACGCCCACGUCCCUCGCGAACCCCUACACCCCGCCCUCCGCGUUCUACACCAUCGCCAACCCGAACCGGAAGCGCGCGAAGGGGCGCGCCCCCGAGCGGCUCGUCGGGCGGCAGAUGAAGAUCUUCAAGGAGCAGUGGGCCGGCAUGGGCAUGUCCCUGGACGUCUCGCUCAUGCGCGGCGACACGGACAUGGCCGCGGCGGUGUGGCGGAACGUGCUCGGUGGGCGCGGCGCGCGGGGGAUCGUCUAUCCCGCGGACGUGCAGGACCCGUCGAGGCCGCUCUUCCGGCGCUCCGUGAACCUCAUUGGAGGGGAGGUGGAGAAGGUGAAGAAGCUUGACGAGCGGGGCCUGGAGGUCGAGGAGGCGCGCGAUGACGGGUCGGGCGUGCACGACUACGCCCCGAACGAGGCGGACAAGUACGUCGCGUACCCGGAGCUGAUGGCGGCCCUCGUUGGGUACAUUCGCCGGGAGCUCGUCCGCCUGCAGGAGAUCCCGGACGAGGCGAUCAUCGGUCCUGGAGUAGCCGGGAAGGAAGUGGAUGGCAUUCAAAAUUUGCGAUUCGGGAGAGUGGGCGGAGGCGACCUCUUCUGA